GGAGUAAUCACCGCGCUUAGCUGCGUCCGUCGCCCAGUGGCCUUGCUUCCGAUCCUCCUUGGAGAUGCGAGAAUUAUUAGGAUGGGAUAUCCUGUCUGCAACAUUUCGACACCCUCGUCGGUCCACCCCAGAACCACGCCUCCAUGUCUUCCAACGAAAGAGAGGGGCGCUCCUGCGACGACGGAAUUGCUUGCAUGGAGGUGAGGCGGGCGUUGCGGCGUCGUCCCCUAUCUGGCAGCCCAAUGCGGCACCAACCCCAGAGAGCGGUGGAAGAGCCGUCACAAGACUCACCACAGCCGCGUCCUCCCUGCGAUGAUAAUGAUAGUAAUAAUAUCAUAACAUGGCAGCCCUCACACACCCAUGCGCGAUCGGUGAGUUGGUUCGUCUCUUCUGUCGCUCGCCCUGGACGGACGAUGCAGCCUAAAGCCGCACGGCGGGUCACACAUGGGUCUCCAUGGAUGCUCCGCCUGCAUCUGCGACCAGCGUUCUCGAUUGCGGAUGGCUGUUCCAAGGUUGCGACGAGUGACACACCACGACUGUUUGAUCGGUCUACGAGAAAGGCUCGUGUUCCAAGACGACAUUCGUAUCGCCUCGAGCAACUCCCUUGCACUCUUGCUGCCGUCGACUUGUCCGCAUGUGCGGGGCCCCAGCAUUAAAAAAGCCGGCGUGUCACACAACAGGCUUCGUUAAUCUAACCCUGCCCCGAUGAGGCAAUGGCUAACGACAAGCUCGUUUUGCUUCGUGCCGGCCCGUGAUCUCGUGCCACAUGGUGCGGGCU